AUGUGGCUCUUUGCACGUCUGUGCCUUGUGCUUAGCUUUCUGGGAGGAGUGAGCUGUACCUGUCCCUCUCAGUGCACCUGUGAUUUUCACGGCGGAAAUGACGGCUCGGGAUCAAGGUCAGUGUUGUGUAACGACCUGGAUAUGAAUGAAGUUCCUACAAACUUCCCUGUGGACACCGUGAAGCUCCGCAUAGAGAAGACCGUGGUGCGCAGAAUCCCCGCCGAGGCCUUCUACUACCUGGUGGAGCUGCAGUACCUCUGGCUCACGUACAACUCGGUGGCCAGCGUAGAAAGCAGUAGCUUUUAUAACCUGAAGCAGCUGCAUGAGUUGCGCCUGGACGGCAAUUCGCUGACUGCUUUCCCUUGGGGGUCUCUGCUGGACGUGCCCCACCUGAAGACGCUCGACUUGCACAAUAACAGGAUAAGCAGCGUGCCAAAUGCGGUGGUCAGGUAUCUGAAGAACCUUACCUACUUGGAUCUGUCAAGCAACAGGCUAACCACACUGCCACCAGAUUUCCUGGACAGCUGGUCUCAUUUAGCUAUGACACCGUCUAGAAGCCCGGACCUUCUUCCACCGAGGAGAAUUAUUCUCGGUUUACAGGACAACCCUUGGUUCUGUGACUGUCACAUUUCCAAAGUGAUCGAGCUGUCAAAAGUCACUGACCAUGCCGUUAUACUUCUCGAUCCCCUGAUGGUCUGCAGUGAGCCUGAGCGACUCCAAGGAAUCUUGUUUCAGAGGGCGGAGUUGCAACAGUGUCUGAAGCCGUCAGUGAUGACCUCGGCUACCAAGAUCACAUCUGCCCUGGGUAGUAACGUUCUGCUGAGGUGUGAUGCCACAGGCCACCCCACCCCACAGCUGAUGUGGACCAGAUCCGACAGCUCACCCGUUAACUAUACAGUAAUUCAGGAGUCUCCAGCAGAAGGAGUCAGGUGGUCCAUCAUAAGCUUGACGGGCAUCUCCCACAAGGAUGCUGGGGAUUACAGAUGUAAAGCCAAGAACCUGGCAGGGACGUCGGAAGCCAUGGUCACUGUAACAGUCGUUGGUGUUCUUACGACCAGCCCAUCACCGGAUACUUCAGAGAGAAGCCCUGGAGAGCACCCUGACCAGGAUCCGCAGCUGGGAUUAGGAAGACCAACGCCUCUGUCUGAGCGGUUAUCCCCGGGGCUCUCUUCCACCUCUUCCCACGCUCCCUCAGGUGCUCUGUCCACAUCUACAUCGCGUCCUCGUUCCUUCUCUUCGCCUCCUGUCUUCUCUGCUGCCUCUGCAGCCACAAGUGUAAAAGCCAGCGUCUCAAAAAAACACCGUCAGGAGCAGCCACCCGCCCUCCUGUUCCACCCCUCCGGGAAAAGCGAGGCAAAGCUAGAGAAGAACGGAAGUAAGUUUCCCCCACUCAGCGCGAGUAAGAAAGAGGAGCUGGCAUUAUUGGAUCAGGCAAUGCCCACGGAAACAAACGUCACUAUCGAAGGCCUCAGGGCGACAGGGGAGACUGACGUGAGUGUGACUUUGACAUGGAACAGCAGCGGCAACACAGAAAAGUCCCCCGUGUCUGUAUUAUACUCUAAGUACGGCGAGAAGGACCUGCUGCUAGCGAGUGCAGACUACGGCAAGAACCAGGCAACCUUAAAUGGCUUGGAGCCUGGCUGUCAGUAUGUGGCAUGUGUCUGUCCAAAAGGAGUGGCUCCUCGGAAGGACCAGUGUAUCACCUUUUCUACCAACAGGGUAGAAGGAUAUGACUCACAGUGGUCUCUCCUUAUCGUAGUGACCAGUACUGCCUGUGUUAUCAUCGUGCCCGUAAUUUGUUUUUUACUAUAUAAAGUCUGCAAACUGCAGUGUGCAUCAGACCCUUUCUGGGAAGACGAUUUGGCAAAAGAGACAUAUAUCCAAUUUGAGACCUUGUCACCCAGGUCACAAAGUAUAGGAGAGUUCUGGACACGAAGGUGCAGAGAUGAUGGGGAAAAGUUGCUGCUGUGCUCUAGGUCGAGCAUGGACUCUCAGAUGAAUCUUAAAAGUGAUGGUCAUAGAGCAGAAUACCAUUGCUGA